ACGAGAUGGAUCUGUUCCACAGGGCGAGGCUGGUCCGGCUCCGCAGCCACCUCGACAAGUACUUGAUGGCGGACGAGGACGAGAAGCACGUGUUCCAGGACCGCCAAGGCGCCUGCUACAACGUCCGGUGGGCGGUGGAGCUCGUGGAGGGGCGCCACCCCUGGGUGCGCCUCAAGAGCCGGCACGACCUCUACCUCACCGCCUCCAACGAGCCCUUCCUCCUCGGCAUCGCCGGCCGCAAGGUCAUCCAGGCCGCGCCCACCCGCCUCGACUCUUCCGUCGAGUGGGAGCCCAUCCGCGAGGGCUUCCAGGUCAUGCUCAAGACCCGCGCCGGCCGCUUCCUCCGCGCCAACGGCGGCCUCCCACCGUGGCGCAACUCGGUCACCCACUACACCCCUCACCGCUCCAUCGCCCCGACCUGGAUCCUGUGGGACGUCCACAUCCUUGAUAUAACACUCCCCUCGCCCUCCACUUCUCCCACCGUAGCGUUGGAUCCGCCGCCGGAGCCUGACAGGGUUUCCCAGUCUUCACCCUCCGAUGUGUCCCUGGGACUGUCCAAAACAGAGUCAUCCUCUUCUUUUUCCGGCUCACUGCACAUGGUGGAGGGACGAACCAUCCACUACACUGUUGCAGAUGAUAAUGGCCACUUGGACGAGAGCGUCGAGGGGUCUUCUUUUAUUUUUAAUGACCUGAGUGUCAAGCAAUUAACGCAAAAAUUGGAGGAGGAAACAAAUCUCAGUGAUAUAAUUGUCUGCCACCGGAAUUCUGCAAAUGGGGAGCUUUUUCCUCUUCAUCUGGCGCUGCCACCUAACAAUGCAGCAAUGCAUGUUGUGGUCGUCCGGGCAUCAUCAACAGUGGCAAGGACUUUCACUGACCAAUUAAAUUAA